UUUCGCCCUUACUAACUACGUAAUAACGGGGUAAAUAACAGCUGUUACGUAAAAGCGGCUAAGAAUAGGUUGGCAGGCCAAACUUCAAAAUAAAACCUAAUCUGCAUUUUUCUAAGAUUCAACAAACAAUAGGACGGCAAGGCAUGCUAAAAAGAAUGAGCUCUUAUAAUGGUCAAAAAUUAGUGACAGUGGUGAAGGAGCUGGAGAAAUUUGCGCCGAUUUCAUGGGCGGAGAAGUGGGACAACGUGGGACUCCUGAUUGAACCGCAUCGGGAAAAACUAAUAAAGAGAAUACUAAUUUCCAAUGAUUUAACAGAACCAGUGAUGAGCGAAGCGUUGGCGAAGGAUGUGCAGCUUAUAAUCAGCUAUCAUCCGCCGAUUUUCAAGCCCCUGACAAGAAUUACGCAGACGCAUUGGAAGGAACGCGUGGUUGCCGCCUGUUUGGCCAAUGAUAUAGCCUUGUAUUCACCCCACACGGCUUGGGAUAAGGCAUGUGGUGGCGUCAACGAUUGGCUAUCGCUGGCAGUGGAUAUCCUUAGUAUCCGCCCCCUGGAACCGGAAUUGGGCGCUCCACCGGGCACAGGAUCCGGUAGAUAUAUAGAAACCAAAAUGGAGCUCUCCAAGCUGCUGGAAUCCCUGCAGAAGCACAUAGGGAAUAGCGUGCAUAUCGCACUCGCUGUGAGUCACAAUCCAAAUACCCUAAUCCAAACCGUGGGUAUUUGUGCGGGCUCUGGGGGAUCCCUACUAAAAGGAAUCCAAGCGGAUCUCAUUAUCACUGGAGAAAUGUCGCACCACGAACUGUUGGAAUUCACCCACAAUAAUACCACCGUAUUGCUUUGCAAUCACAGCAACUCGGAGAGGGGUUUCCUAAAGGUGUUCUCACAUAAACUGGGGGAAUCACUGAAUGGAGCUUGUGAGAUCCUGGUAUCUGAAGCGGAUAAGGAUCCUUUGGUCACUGUGGCGAAUGAUUUCACUAAGGAUAAAAGCAUUUUUGUUGACUGCUACAAACAAUAAACUAAAGCAUUUUAAUUGUUAAUUUUAAAUUGCUCAAAUUUUGGGGUAUCUCUUAAAAGGAACCCACAAACUUUGUUGAUAAAGAUCAUAAAGAUGAAGACCAAUUUGUUAUCACCUUUCCUAAAUACAUUAGAAAUGAGAGCAUAAGAACCCUAUAUUUUCAUUAAAUGGAAGAUAAUCUGAAGCAUUUGAAUUACA